CUAAAGGGGGUGUGAAAGAAAUGACCACAAAUGUCAAAUUUCUGCAGUUUGCAUGACGUUUGUUGUAGCUAUGAAAUUCUCGUGUGGCUAAUGUUCGGCGAAUAUAUUCCGAUUUGAUGUAUAGUCUAUCCGCGUUUGGCAAGGAAGCUCGCACCGCACGAUCCAUUGACGGCUCAGUGUUGGCAAUUUAUCAUCUUUCUCUUCUUUGAACUUUUCCACUUUCUCUAGCUAAAUUAGGUUGUUAAUUAAUAUAUGUAGCAAACAUCUCUUUCUUUUCGCUUAAUAAUGCAGGUAUGCAUUUAACUGGCUAUAUCGUUUUGUAGUAUGCAUGAAAAAUGCAUCUUACUCGACCAUGUUUUGGUUUGAUUGUCAGCUAGCUAACAUGAUACGUGUUAUUUAACUAGCCUAGCAGAAGCAGGGAUUUGACUGCGUACCCUGUCCUGUCAGCUAGCUGUCUUUCUAGUGCGCUUGGCAUUCCAUAGUACACAUUGGGAAUAAAUAGCACCAACAUGUAUGCAAGUCGCAAGAGGAAAAAGCCCCAGAGAAGUGUGAAGCCACCUCCAGAAGGAGCCAAAUCAAACCCUUCCAAGAGGCACCGGGAACGCCUGAAUGGGGAGUUGGACAGGCUGGCCAGUCUGCUUCCUUACCCCCAGGAUGUCAUCUCCAAGCUGGACAAACUGACCAUCCUCAGGCUUUGUGUCAGCUACCUGCGUGCCAAGAGCUUUUUCAAUGUGACCCUACAAUCCACAGCCUCCCAGCGCCCAGAGAGUAAUGUUCUGAAGAAGAAAGAACUUCACGUUCCAGAGGGAGAGCUGUUACUACAGGUGUUGAAUGGCUUUGUUCUGGUCGUCACGGCUGGUGGCACAAUCUUCUAUGCAUCCUCCAACAUCCAGGACUACCUGGGCUUUCACCAGUCAGACGUCGUCCAUCAGAGUGUUUAUGACGUCAUUCAUAUGGAGGACCGAGCAGAGUUACAGAGACAGCUCCACUGGGCCCUGAACACCCCUGACACAGGACAGCUGGUCUCAGGUAACCUCCAACCCCACUCUCAUCCCUGA